UCUUCUUUGAAAUUUGCCGUUUGACUGCUGGAUUCGAGAGCCCAUCGACUUGACUUCGACAGGAUGGACGUGGACGUGGCAGAAUGGCAGUCGUUCCUGCUGGACGAGUACGUCAAGUUUAGCAACACAAUCGUGCGGGAUGCAGAGGAGGUUUUCUCAGAGUAUCCCGGCCUGAUGGGGACCAUCGUGUUUGGUGCCAUGACGGCUCUUGUUCUUUUCCAAGUGGUUUUUGGCCAUCUUCCCUCCCCUGUCUUUGAUCAUCUGACGCCAGCCCCCUCUGUCACUGCCUCGCUGCUUUGCUCCCUGGCCUCGGUUUGUCUAUCUGUCUCAUUCUGCCCCUCCAUCUCUGUGUAUCUACCCAGCCGUCUCCAUCUCUGUCUUGUUCUGCCUCUGCCUCUGCCUCUGUGUGUGUGUGUGUGUGUGUGUGUGUGUGUGUGUGUGUGUGUGUGUGUGUGUGUCUUCCUUCGUCUCUGUCUGUGUGUGGCUCUCGCCUCUGUGUGUCUCUGUCUCUGUCUCUGUCUCUGUCUCUCUGCGUGCCUCUUGACUCGGUGUGCCUCCCUCUGUGCUCUCACUGUGCUUCUCUCUGUUCGAUCUCUGUGUGUCUCUGUCUCUGUCUCUGUGUGUGUCUCUGUCUCUGUCUCUGUGUGUGUCUCUGUCUCUGUCGCUGCGUCUCUGUCUCUGUCGCUGCGUCUCUGUCUCUGUCGCUGCGUCUCUGUGUCUGUGUCUCUGUGUCUGUGUCUGUGUCUGUGUCUGUGUCUGUGUCUCUCUCUCUUUCUCUCUGUCUCUGUCUCUGCCUCUCUUUCUCUCUCCGGAAUGCUCCGUCUUUCUUUCCCUUUCUUUCUUUCUCUCUCUCUCUCUCUCUCUCUCUCUCUCUCUCUCUGUCUUUCUCUCACUGUCUCUCUCUCUCUCUCUGUCUCUCUCACACAUUUUUUUUUGAAUCACACACGCAAAUUUGGAUUUCAAUUUGAGGCCGAAAUUGGUCGCUGGCCUCUGUCUACACGGUCAAGCGCCAUGGCUAGCAACGAUGCACCGCCUGCCUUUGUGGUGGGCCAGCGCGUGUGUGCAAAUGAGCACUUUGCCACGGUUCGCUUCGUCGGAGACGUUGGUGAUACUGGUUUGUGGAUCGGCGUCGAGUGGGAUGAGCCCAGUCGUGGCCGCCACGAUGGCGCCCACAAGGGCGUUCGCUACUUUAUCACCGAGAGUGACAGUCCACACGCUGCAUCCUUCGUGCGCCCGAAAAAGUUGUCGCCCGGCCUGGAUCUCGUGGCCGCCAUUGUUGACCGCUACACGCUUGCCUCUGACGUGACAGCUGACACGCGCUUGCAUGGCGUGGCCGUCGAGCUCGUUGGUGAAGCCAAGGUCUCCGACUCCCUGCAAGCCCUUCCCGCACUCCAGGAGGUUGUGGUGACAGGAUAUCCAGUCAAUGAUACCGUCCUGCCCAAUCUGCAUGACCACCUCAGUGGUUUGCAGGCCCUUGACAUUAGCCGGACGCUCAUCUCCAAUUGGGGCACCGUUGCCGACAUUGUGCGCCAGCUGCCCGCCCUCCGCAGCCUCACCGUCAAUGAGAAUCGGAUGGCUCCGGUUCCAGAGACGACGGAUUGGCAUCAAGGUGCCUUUCAGAACAUCACACGCUUCCUGGUGUGCAAAACAAACCUCACCCCGGCCGAGGGCACCCGGCUAGUGCAAGCCAUGCCCAACCUGACUGAAGCUCAUUUUUGUGAGCUCGGCUGGACCGCCAUGCCCUUUUUACCGAAAGAUUGCCCAAAGCUGGCCAUGUUGAAUUUGUUUGGAAACAAGCUGGCAUCCUGGGCACCGCUUUUAGCGCUACUGAGAACAGGCCACAUGGAUACGCUGCUCGCCAACCACAAUGAACUUCCCGAUCUGUUCGAUGAUGUCGGCAGUUUGAGCAACGGAGCCCUGCGCGUCCUCUCUCUCGGGCACAAUCGGUUGUCUCGCUGGCGUACGCUGUGGUUUCUGAGCCAUCUUCAGGGCUUGGCCGACGUGCGAGUUCGUGGCAAUACCUUUGCGAGUGACAUGACCGAAGCCGAGCAGCGCAAGGGUGUGAUCGUGAAUUUACCUGGAGUCAAUCUCAUCAAUGGGAGUGGCGUCUCCAAGCGGGAACGACAAGUAGCAGAACGCUUUUACCUGACCCGUUAUGCUCAGGCUUUUCACACCUCGCGAUCCAGCCCCGAAGCGACACAGCAAUUUGAACACACCCACCCACGUUUUGCCGCGUUGGUUGCAGAGCAUGGUGAGCCAGAGGUCAUUCACGUGAAGCAACAAAACUGUCUUCAGGAUACGCUCCUGGCUAUUGACUGGCGCAUCAAUCAGGCCACCAACACCCGACUUCUUCUGACGGCCGAUACAACCCUACGCCAAGCGUUACGCACCCUGGCCAUCCAUCUGCACAAACCUCUAUCAGAGCUGCUGAGCGCCUCCAUCUUGUUUCAUCAAGCGGAAUUGCCGGACCAACAUAAAACUCUCGAUUACUAUCACAUCACCAGCAACUCGAUUGUGGAUGUGCAUUUGAGCGCCAUGCCCAUCUAAACCGCCUAUGAAAAUAUAUUCUGAACGUUCUUCAACCCCCCGGACAUAUUGGCACAAGGCCGAGACUUAAACUUGCCGAGCUCAUUUGCUUUGGGCGCAUCAGCUUAGCACACGCUCUGAUCGUAUUUGACGCCCAUGGAGCCGGGCACGCUGCGUUGUUGGCGGUCUUCCACGGUAGCAUAGGACCCGCGACGAUAUGCGUGGGGGUUUUCUGUGGCGGGUGAAUGCGAGCCAAGCUCGAGCAGGGCCACCUUGUCGGUAAAUGUCAAAUCCUCUGGGUCCUGCUGCUGCUUUGUGCGUAGGCGUGCGACGCGCUCUUGCAACUCGGCACGCUUGGUGGCCAGGUUGUCAUGGCUUUUUUGUUCCAAUUGAAGAAGUUGCAUUAGAUGAGCAUCAUGCAUCCACUCCUCGGUCAGUGCUUUCUCA